GGAAAAUGCAUUUAAAUAGCCACAUGAAACCGUGUCUACGGAUCAGUUUUGCGAACAAUUCAAUACUCGAAAGUCAAUCCGAAUAGAUAUCAUACAAAUAAUCGUGAAUUUGAAAUAAAUUCAAAAACUCAAUCGAGAAAUUGAAUAAAAAAUGAGCAAAAUAGUUUUGAUCAUUGCAAUUGCUGCUGUGGUGGUGCAUGUGGCGGAUUCAGCAUCCAGGGGAUGUAUUUGUACCCGUGAAUAUCGUCCUAUAUGUGCAUCCAAUGACGUUUCGUACUCCAACAAUUGCUUAUUUGAAUGCGAAAAGAGGAACAACGAUCAAUUACAGAUUCGAUUCUAUGGCAAAUGUAAUGAACUGUUCAGCAGGAAUAUUCAAUCAAUGAGUGAAGACUCGAAAAUCGAAGAAGAGAAUUGCAUUUGCACACUAGAGCUCUUUCCCGUGUGUGGCAGCGAUAGUCAAACCUAUUCAAACGAAUGCAUGCUGAAAUGUGAACAACUCAAACGAAACGACCUCACUCUGAAGUACCUUGGUAAAUGCGGCAGCCCAUUACGAGUCCACAACCAAGAAGUGACAACGUAUUCAAAUGACGAACAAUGCGCCUGUACAUUCGAAUAUCAUCCAGUUUGCGAUUCAAAUGAUCAAACUUUCACAAAUGAGUGUGAAUUCGAUUGCAAAAAGAAACGCAACAUACAAUUGACUAUCAAAUAUCGCGGAGAAUGCAAAAUGGCUGCUCUAACACAACCAUUGCCAACAGAUUGCAUUUGCAAUUUCAUGUAUCAACCGAUUUGUGGAAGUGAUGGUCAAACCUAUUCAAAUGAGUGCAUUUUGAACUGUGCCAAGAGAAGAAAUACAAACCUGGAAGUGAAACAUCAAGGACAAUGUCAUGGUGGCGAUACUUUUGCAGCGAAAAACGUUCAAAAAACUGUUAUACUGAAAAGAUCAUGCAUUUGCCCAGCAUUGUACAAUCCAGUUUGCGGAACCGACAACAAAAAUUACUCAAACCAAUGCUUCCUUGGCUGCGCACAAAGAAUAAAAUCCAACUUAACCAUGAAACACUCUGGAAAAUGCAAUGAAAUCUAAAAAAUAAGGCAGAAAUGGGGAAGCAGGUGUUUUGGGUCGUUAAAAAUGUUUGAAUCAGGGAAAUAUUUAGAUUGUUAGCAUAUUUA